UAAGUUUAUCUACGUAUUAUUUUUGGUCGAUUAUCCUGAUUAACGUGAUCCGUCUGAUUAAAAUAAACGUUACAUUUUUGUAAAUGCAUUGAAAUAUAAAAUCGAAAUGGAAUUUUCGAUCCAAUCGGUGGUGCUAUAGCGACCCCUUGUGUCUGAUUUAGGAAGUUCGCAUGUACAGAGUGCCGGACUCACAAACUGUUGUAUUUUCCGGUUUUAUGAUGCUCAGAUCAAGCAGGAUUCGGUCCUUGUCAUCUGUUAUUAUACCCGCGACCUCCAGGCUGCUCAGUGGAGCCACCUUUAAAAAGAGCCCUGUUUGUGUAAGACUGGUGUGUGGACACACACCGACACACACUGACAGCUGCCGUAGACUUCUACACUGCACUGCGUCCCAGGACAGCUUCAGGAUUUGUGGAGCAGCUUGUUUCAGUAUGGCAUCCGGGAGAAACGGACGAGAGAGUUUACCCCAACCGAAACACACAAAUCGCCUGAACAAUGAGAAAUCUCCGUACCUACAGCAGCAUGCCCACAACCCUGUGGACUGGUAUCCUUGGUGUCAAGAAGCCUUCAGCAAAGCAAAAAGUGAAGACAAACCCAUUUUUCUUUCAGUGGGCUACUCGACUUGUCACUGGUGUCACGUCAUGGAGAGAGAGUCAUUUGAGGAUGAGGAGAUUGGAAAGAUUCUCAGUGACAAUUUUGUGUGUAUAAAGGUUGACAGGGAAGAGAGACCUGAUGUUGACAAAGUCUACAUGACAUUUAUUCAGGCGACUAGUGGAGGUGGUGGCUGGCCAAUGAGUGUUUGGCUUACUCCAGAUCUAAAACCAUUUAUCGGGGGCACAUACUUCCAUCCAAGAGACCUGGGGAGGAGACCUGGAUUUAAAACUGUGCUUUUGCGUAUUAUGGAGCAGUGGCAGGAUAACAGAGAAGCGCUCGAGUCUGGUGGGGAACGGGUGAUGGACGCUCUGCGGAAGGCCACAGUCAUUUCAGCUCACUCAGAACAAACUCUCCCGCCAGUUCUAGAUGUGGCUCGCAGAUGUUUCCAACAGCUGGCUCACUCAUACGAGGAGGAGUAUGGAGGAUUCAGUGAUGCACCAAAGUUCCCCACACCAGUGAACCUGAUGUUCCUGUUGUCAUACUGGUCUGUAAAUCGUACCUCCUCGGAGGGAGCAGAGGCGCUGCGGAUGGCUCUCCACACCCUUCGGAUGAUGGCUUUAGGAGGAAUUCAUGACCAUGUGGCUCAGGGUUUUCACAGGUACUCUACGGACUCAUCCUGGCACGUACCUCACUUUGAGAAGAUGCUGUAUGAUCAGGCCCAGCUGGCAGUGGCCUACAUCAAUGCAUAUCAGGUGUCUGGCGAGCGCUUAUUUGCAGAUGUGUCCCGUGAUGUGUUGCACUACGUCUCCAGAGACCUUAGCCACCAGUCUGGUGGCUUCUACAGUGCUGAGGAUGCAGACUCUUCGCCCACAACUGAGUCGAGCAAGAAGAGGGAGGGAGCAUUCUGUGUGUGGACAGCUGCGGAGAUCAGGGAACUGCUCUCCAACACUGUGGAGGAGGCCACUGGGGGUGCAACACAAGCUGACAUCUUUAUGCAUCAUUACGGUGUUAAAGAGCAAGGCAAUGUACAGCCAGAUCAGGAUCCUCAUGGAGAGCUGCAAGGUCAGAAUGUGCUGAUUGUGCGUUAUUCUGUGGAGCUCACUGCUGCGCACUUUGGCCUGAGUGUGAACAAGCUGACUGAAGUGCUGGCCAGUGCCAAGGCCAAACUGGCCGACGUGCGCAGAUCACGGCCUCCACCUCACCUGGACACUAAGAUUCUGGCCUCCUGGAAUGGGCUGAUGCUGUCAGGUUUUGCCCGUGUGGGGGCAGUAUUAGGAGACAAGACUCUACUUCAGAGAGCAGAACAGACUGCACAGUUUCUCCGAAAGCACCUGUGGGAUGAAGAGAGACAGCAAAUGAUGCACUCGUGUUACCAAGGGGAAAACAUGGAGGUUGAGCAAAUUGCCUCACCUAUUGCUGGGUUCCUGGAUGAUUAUGCUUUUGUUGUGAGUGGUCUCCUGGACUUGUUUGAAGCUACACACACUGUUUGCUGGCUUCAGUGGGCUGAGGAGCUACAGCACAGGCAGGACCAGCUGUUCUGGGAUGCACAGGGAAGUGGCUACUUUUGUAGUGACCCUUCCGACCCCACCAUACUGCUGUCCCUCAAACAGGAUCAAGAUGGUGCAGAACCCAGCGCAAACUCCGUCUCUGCACUGAACCUGCUGCGCCUUUCCCACCUAACAGGCAACCAAGAGUGGAUGCAGCGCUCUCAGAAACUACUGACUGCCUUCUCCGAUAGGCUCUUGAAAGUGCCGAUUGCCCUGCCUGAUAUGGUCCGUGGACUCAUGGCGCAUCACUACACAUUUAAGCAGAUAAUUAUCUGUGGUCAGCCUGAUGCAGAGGACACAGCCAGUCUCAUUGCCUGUGUCAACUCCCUAUUUCUUCCCUAUAAACUGGAACUACAGAGCUGCUGUCAGAAAAUGAAUCAAUGCCUUCUGGCCAGUGGAAUUCAGGAAUGCAACACUAUUAUGGUACUGAUACUGGCAGACGGUAAUACAGAAGGUUUCCUCUACCAGAAGCUGCCUAUCCUGUCCUCAUUGAUUCAGCAAGAGGGUAAAGCCACUGCCUAUGUGUGCCAGGACUUCAGCUGUGCCCUGCCUAUUACAUGCCCACUGGAGCUCCGGAGACUCCUGCUAGAGUAAUGACUAAAGUGACCUAUUAUAGUGGCAUUAUAGGUUGUCUCAGGAUUAUAGAGACUAUAGUCACAGGGUAAGGGGUUUGGUGUAAGGUUGGUUGUGACAGUUAUAUUUUUUCAUAUGUGCUAUAAAAACACCGGUCAAGAAACAAUGGAAAAAUACUGAUUAUAAUGGAAAAACUGGAGUUGAUUAGAAAAUCUGCUCUGUAUUGCCUUUGCACGGUUGGCCUUAAAUUCUAUACCCAAAAAUAAGCUGAAAGUGCUUUGAAAUGUAAUAACCAAACCUGCUAAAUGCCACAGCAUAUAUUUCAGUUAUAUGUGUAUAAAAACACAUUGAACACAUCCUGCUCUCCAACAUUAGAUUUCAAGAUCAAUUUUUCAAGCAACGGAACAUAAAAUGUGAACAUAAAACCCAGCUCUAGCUUGAAAGAACACUGAAAAAUCUCACAAAGUAGCAUUCUUCAAGCAUGCAGUCUGUGUUUUGUGUGUGCCUGCUGCUUAUUAUCUAUUGAUGGAUAGAAUUUUACAUGAAGACAUUCUCUUAGUUUGGGUGGGAUCCAUAAUUUAAAAGAUGCCUCAGGAGCAUAACUUGUAUUACUCUGAUACAUCUCCAGUUUCCCUGCACUGACACAAGCGUUGUUUAAUAUGGAAAGACAAAAUGAAGUCGUUUGUUCAAUCUCAUUCUUUCUCUAUAUUAAGGCCAUUCUGAAAUCUCUCAUAAUGUAUCUCAUCUGAUGUCUGAUCUGGACUUCAUGUGGUUAAUAUAAGCUUAGGGCUUUAGUGUGAUGUGAAUGGCAGACAGCAACAUGGCUGUGAGUAUACCAAUGGAAACAAAUGAAAGGAAAUCGAAAACAAUGAAUAAAACUCUGGCAUUGUGUCUCUGCCACAAUUUUUUUUCUCCAUAGAGACAGAACAAGAGGCAGGCAGAAAAUCUGCCCUACCCAUGAAUAAUCGCACAGAGAGUAGAACCAGACAAAUUUGCCAUCAGUAGGCGCUGAUUGUCAAUGCCAACUCCCUUCCUGGCAUCCCAGGAUCCACUGGGAGCUAUGUUUCCCAGUAAAAUGAGCUGGCAAGAAAGGUUUCACAAAAGAAGCAGGUAAGGAGGGGCUGUGUUCUAGUUCUGUCCUGUCCUCACUUCAGUCAGUGCUCAUCAAGAAGCACUACAGCUCAGCUUUAUUCACAUUCAUCCUUAGCUGGUUGGAAAAAGCUCAGCACUGUGCUUUCCUUAGUGCCCAUUCCUUUAGAAAUCUAAAAAAUUGUGAAAAAUUCUCUCUCAGUGUAGUCCACAGAGGAUAGGGGAACACACUUUAUAAUGCUGCUUUUUAUCCCAAAGUUUAUCUUUUCUUUUUCAUGGGGUUUACUGUUUAAUGCAAAGCAUGGAGUCCAAGACAGGACCAAAUUACUAAUCUGCAAGCCUACAUCAAAUCUCAAGUCUCUGAGCUGCAAAUCCAAUUCAAAUCCACCUGAAGACAUGAAAACAUCUUCAGCAAUAGCAGUUCAUUAUCAAAAUAAUAAACAACUCUAAUAUGCA